AUGGCGAAGCAGCGCCGCGAUGAAUCGCCUUCUGGUUUAUCAGAUAUUGUCGAGCCGGAUGGUCUUCUAGGGACCGGCUUAACGAGCCGGCACAUCGAGGCCUUUGGGAGGAAAGUCACAUCGACUGCAGGGCAUUUGAUGGGACCUACGACCGAGUCGAGCAACGGCGGGCACUACCAUACUGCCAUGGUUGAUAUACAUCGCGAGCUACGGCGGCCGACGACACAACGCAAAGUCUUCUCCUUAACGCAGACCACCCCGACCGAUCUGGUCCGCUCGAAACUAUCCACGACCGAAAUCCAAUCGCGGGCCAUCUCCUCCCUUCCCGACGAGCUCCUCGCAAACAUCCCCGAGGAUUCCAGCUCUUACUCCUUGUUUGAGGGCUUCAAGGCUACUCAGGACGACCAUGAAUACCGGAAAUCGCACCGACGGCGCAGUUCGAAGGCGAAAAAAUUGUUGAAGGAUGGCCAGGCGAAGGAGGCUCUUCCGUCCGCGCCGACCGAUCUCAAGAAGGAUCGGGACCUUUUGAGCAGGCGGCUGGAUCUGAUGGGCGUGCGCAAGAACAUGUGCAGCUCCGAGAUCCAUGAUAUCGACAAUAAGAUCGCCAACCUACACAAUAUGCGGAAAAUUGUUUUAGAACGGUUGGCCGGGUUGGAGAUGGAAGAGGCGGAAUUGGAACAUGAACUGACGGAGAUUGACAACAAGCUCGAAGACAUCCAGGAGGACACACCCGGUACUCCCGUCGCCGUGUCGACUCCAAAAUCGUCAGAAGCCGCUGAUGACUCUGUUCUUUCAGAAGAUUCUGCUAUGGAUGCGUCGUUUAUGUCGGAAUCUAUCUAUCAGAAGCUCCCUUCGCCGAAGAGUCUCAAAAAGCGAUCAAUAAGGAAACGAUCGAUGCCCAUCCUCCACGAGCAUUUUUCGCCCGGAUCGCAGAUCAAAGAAAUGCAGGCUCAUACCGACAUGGUCACCGCCAUCGAUUUCGAUUACCCCUUCGGAACCAUGGUCAGCGCUGCAUUGGACGACACAGUUCGAGUCUGGGAUCUCAACACUGGCCGAUGCAUGGGAUUCCUGGAGGGCCAUAAUGCCUCCGUGCGGUGUCUACAAGUUGAGGACAACAUUGUUGCCACAGGUUCCAUGGAUGCUUCGGUCAAACUAUGGGAUCUGAGCCGGGCGCGAACUGUGCCUCGGGACAAUCGUGUGGGUAGACCUGAUGAAGAAGACGAAGAGGAUGACGGCACAGAUGCUUUCUCGAUACUCUCCGCUACAACACUGGAAGACUGCUAUGUCUUUUCGCUUGAUGCCCACGUGGACGAGGUGACGGCGCUCCACUUCAGGGGAGAUACACUCAUCUCGGGUUCCGCCGACAAGACUCUGCGACAAUGGGAUCUUGUCAAAGGACGUUGCGUCCAGACCUUGGACGUCUUGUGGGCCGCUGCUCAGGCGUCCACCAUCGGUGCCGACACACAAUGGCGCCCGUCAGGUCGUCUUCCCGAUGCCUCUGCUGAUUUUGUCGGCGCAGUCCAGUGCUUCGACGCCGCUCUCGCCUGUGGUACCGCCGACGGUAUGGUCCGUCUUUGGGAUCUUCGGAGUGGUCAGGUGCAUCGUAGUCUUGUCGGCCAUACUGGACCGAUCACGUGUUUACAAUUCGACGAGGUGCAUUUGGUGACGGGUAGUCAGGACCGCAGCAUUCGGAUAUGGGAUCUCCGAAUGGGGUCCAUCUUCGAUGCGUUUGCCUACGAAAAACCCAUCACCAGCAUGAUGUUUGACACGAAACGCAUCGUCGCCGCGGCUGGAGAAAACGUCGUGAAGGUCUACGACAAGGCGGAUAGCAAUCAUUGGGACUGUGGUGCGGGACUCGGUGCAGAUGAGGUAGGUCCGGCGCCUGCAACCGUUGAACGGGUGCGGCUCAAGGACGGAUAUCUGCUCGAAGGGCGCAAGGAUGGUAUCGUGGCUGCUUGGACUUGCUGA